AUGGGAGCGGCCAAGUUGUUAAAGGAAAAAAGACCAACUAUUUUUUGGACAUCUUGUGCAACACAUACCCUCAAUCUUAUGCUUGAAGGUAUUGGCGGGCUACCUAGGUAUAAGAAAAUUCUCAACCAUGCAAAAACACUCACGGUGUUUAUUUAUGCUCAUCAUAAAACUUUGGCCAUGAUGAGACACUUUACCAAGAAAAGAGAUAUUGUGCGACAGGGAGUCACGAGAUUUGCUUCCGCAUUUCUUACUUUGGAAAGUUUGGCCGAUAAAAAGGCCCAACUAAAACAAAUGUUUACAAGCGAUGAAUGGGAAUCAUGUAGACUUAGCAACACCGUUAAAGGGAAAGCCGCAUAUGACACGGUGGUAAAUGCAACAUUUUGGACCGGUGUAGCAUUAUGUUUAAAGGUUUUUGCCCCUUUGGUAAAAGUUCUUCGGAUGGUUGAUGCGGAUCGAAAGCCAUCAAUUGGUUUUGUAUAUGGUGAGAUUCAAAAUGUGAAACAAGAAAUUAUUAAUGCUUUGGGCAACAAUAAAAAAGCAUAUGAGCCUAUUAUGGAUAUCAUUUCGAAAAAGAUGAAAGGAAGGCUUGAUACAACCUUACAUUUGACGGCUUACCUUUUAAAUCCAUAUUAUCUUUAUAAGAAUCUGGAGAUCCAAAAUGAUAUUGAUGUGACCGAUGCGAUUGUUGAUUUUGUCGAUACAAUAUAUCCGGGAGAUCAUUCUUUGCAAAACCAUAUCGUGAUGGUUGAGUUGCCGGUUUACAUGGGUAAACAAGAAAAAUUUAGUCGAGAAAUUGCAAUUAAAGGAUGUGAGGUGAACAACGACAAAUUUGAUCCGGCGAAUUGGUGGGUAGCUUAUGGUGCAUCAACUCCACAAUUGAGAAAGAUUGCUACAAGGAUACUUUCUUUGACAACUAGUUCUUCGGGGUGUGAAAGAAAUUGGAGCACUUUUGAAGGGGUACAUACAAAAAAGAGAAAUAGAUUAGAGGCGUCAAAAUUGAACAAUCUUGUUUUUGUUCAAUUUAAUGCAAAUUUGAUGGAAAAUAACAAGAAAAGAAAGACUAAGGAUAUGGAGGUACUUUUAGCAAAAGAUGCAAGUGAGGCUCAAGAAUGGAUUGUCGAAAAUGAUGUAUUGUUGGAUGAAGGUGAGCCCGAUGAAGCUAUCGGUGACGAGGAGUUUCUACAAAAUCGUAGAAGUUCUAGAUUAAGAGAACUUGAUGAGGAAGAAUUUGUGUCGGAGGAUGAAGAAGAACUAAAUGAAGAUGUUGAAUAUGAAUCGGAUGGAGUUAACAUCAACGAACAAAUUGGAGCUACAUUAGAAGAGGAAGAUUAAAUGAUUAAUCUAAAUAAGUAAUAUUAAAGAAUGGUGUCUAUUUUUGAAACUAUUUAACAUUUCAAAAUGUAUCUUUUGUUGAUAUUUCACCUAAUUUUGUAAUGAAUUUCAAUCAAC